GCUGAUGGACCGCGCCUGGGCGGACGCGGGCUGCGCCGCGGCGGCGCCGCCGCCGGGCGCGCUCGGCUCGUGGGAGGAGGCGAGGCGACUCGUUGUCGGCGCCGCCACCAGCACCCAGGAGGGCCUUGUCGAGCUCGCGAGGAAGCAGGGUGCCGUGGCGGACGUGGUCUACGACCCAGCUGCGGAGGCCGCGUGCCCGCUCGGGCACCUCGCGCUGCGGCUGGCGCUCUACCUCCUGAUGGGCGGCUUGGAGCGCGCCGCGCACCUGUGCAGUGAGCCCGCCCGCUCCAUCCUGGGCGCGCCCGUGGUGCGGGUCCUGGCGAGCGGCUGGCCCAUUUUCGGCCUCAUGGGCCUGCUCGCAUACCGCCUGGUGCGCGACGGGUCGGCGCCCGGCUGGGACCCCGCGGGUGGGCGGCCCGAGUGCGGGGAGGUGGCGGAGUCCUUCCGCGUCCGCUACCUCCCGGCCGCCUUCCAGAGCGAGGACGUCCGGUUCAGCCGCGACGUGGAGGCGGCGGCGGCGGCCCUCCUCCGGGGGCUGGCGAACGCGACGCAGCGAUGCCUGCUCGCGGGGGCGCUGCCGCUGCUCGGCCACGCCGCCUCGGUGCAGUGCCUGGCACGGCGUGGCGCGCCGCUGCGCGCCCACGUGGAGGGCCUGCUGGAGCUGGCGGGCUCCGCCUUCCUGCGCCGGGCAGCCGCGGCCCGGCCGCGGGGGCUCGGCGGCGAGGCGUUCCGCGCGUGCGGCGGCAGCGGCCCGGCGCGGAGGGCGGCCCUGAGCGGCUCGCUGCUCUCGCUGCUGGCCGCCGGCCUGUGGGCCGCGGAGGCCCUGGCCCUGCUGCAGCGGGCGGCUGCCGCCUUCGCCUCGCACGAGCCGCGGCCGCCCCUGGGCGGCCCCGAGCCGCCGCCCGGCAGCGACGUGGUCGUCUCGUUCGACCCGCAGGAGAGCAGGUUCUACGGCAGAGGCCUGCCGGACUUCGUCGAGCACGUGUGGGGUGGGGGCGCGCUGCCCGGCUUCUGCGUGCGCCCGGCGCUGCCGUGCGCCGACGUCCUGGUCGUCCGCGACUCGCUGCCGGGGCUGCCCUUCCCAGGGGCGCUGGUGUACAUUGACCACGAGGCCGGCAUAGGCCCCGGCCGGGACGCGGGCCGUCUGGAUGCCGAGUUGCAGAAGUACCGGGUUGUCUACCUGGGCGUCCUGGAGCCGGCAGCGGAGACCCGCUGCGCGUCGCGCGCGCAGGGCCACCGCCGCGUGUGCGCGAAGGUCUUCUCCGGGCGCAGCGCCGACCCUCCGCUGCGCGUGCGAUGGAGCGACUCUGCGGAAGAGGCCCACCAACCCCAGGGAGGGGCGGCUGGACACCCUGGCGCUGGCCCGCUGCACACGCCGGAGCUCCACGUCCUGCACGUGCCCUACGCCUCGACGUCCUUCAUGGGGCGCCGCGCGCACUCUCCGCUGGACCUGGCGACGGUGCCGCGGCCAUUCGCGGAGAAGCCGGCGUUUCUGGGCUACAUGGCAUGCGGGCGGAUCCAAGCGAGGGGCCGCCGCCCUGGGCCCACCCA